AUGACUGAACUCAUCCUCCUGGGAAUGUUGCAGAAGCCAGAGAUGCAGAAAACCCAAUUUGUGGUGCUUCUGUUUGUGUACCUUGUGACUGUGGGAGGGAAUAUGCUCAUCAUGACCGCCAUUACCACCAGCCACAGCCUCCUGGCCCUCCUAUCCUUUUUAGACUCCUGCUUCUCCUCGGUCGUCGCCCCGAAAAUGAUCGUAGACUCCCUCUCGGAGAGGAAAACCUUCUCUUAUGAAGGCUGUAUGGCCCAGCUCUUUGCUGAACAUUUCUUUGCCGGAGUGGAGGUGUUUGCGCUCACUGUGAUGGCUUACAACCGCUGCGUGGCCAUCUGUAACCCCCCACACUAUGUGACCAUCAUGAGUCAGCAGACCUGGCGCCAGUUGAUGGGGCUGGCCUGGGACGGGGGUUUCCUGCAUUCGAUGAUUCAGUUCCUCUUCAUGUUCUGGUUACCCUUCUGCAGCCCCAAACUCGCCUGCAUCGAGGCACACAUCCCAGGGCUUUUGGUCAUUGCCAACAGCGGGAUGAGUUGUAUUGUGAACGUUUCGCUGCUGAUCAUCUACUAUGGUGUCAUCCUAUGCUCCCUGAAGCCUCACAGCUCUGAAGGGAGGCGCAAAGCUCUCUCCACCUGUGGUGCCCAUAUCACUCCUGUCUUCUUCUUCUUCGUCCCCUGUAUUUUCAUAUCCACACGGCCACCGGCCACCUUCUCCGAUAAAAUGGUGGUGAAUGGCUUCCAAAUUGCCACAGGGUGCAAGUGGCAGAUGAGUGAGGAGUUCUGA